AUGAGACAAAUUCAGGUCAGAUUUGAAUCACAAAUCGGGCUUCUUUAUUUAAAAACUAGUGCAUUUCCGCGAACUAUCAUUUCGAGAAAAAAAAUGUUAGAAAUUGUUUGGAAAAACGUUUUUUCCUUCAUUCUGUACCAUUAUCUCGCCUUCCAUGGGCUGUUUUAUCUCGUGACAGGACACACCCAUUGGGCCACUUUCGCCUUCAAUUUGUUUUUGGCCCAAUUGUCCAAUCUGGGUACCAUCUCAGGGGCCCAUCGUUUAUGGACCCAUCGUUCGUACCAAGCCCAACUACCAUUAAAACUUUUCCUCAUGUUUUGUAAUAACAUAAGCAACCAAAACUCCAUUUAUGAUUGGGUUAGAGACCACCGAGUUCACCACAAGUUUAGUGACACUGAUGCCGACCCUCACAACAUCAAGCGUGGCUUUUUUUUCGCCCAUAUGGGUUGGUUAAUGGUUAGGAAGCACCCAGAAGUUACCAUCAAAGGACAAACUUUGGAUUUUAGCGACAUAGAUAGCGACAAAUUAAUACAAUUCCAACGAAAAUAUUUCAAGUUUUUGGCGUUUUUUUGCUCCAUUUUCCUACCAGUUGUAGUACCAUGGUACUACUGGGGUGAGAACUGGUACGUUUCCUUGUGUAUCACUUUUGUGCGCUAUGUUGGUACUUUGCAUGGUACCUGGUUGGUUAAUAGUGCCGCCCAUGUCUAUGGUACCCGGCCUUACGACAGUGACAUUAAACCGACGGAGAAUCCAAUCGUGGCUUAUAUUACCAUGGGUGAGGGUUGGCAUAACUACCAUCACACCUUCCCAUGGGACUACCGAGCUUCAGAAUUUGACAGUUUCAAUGGCAAUGUCAAUACAGUAUUUAUCAAUUUUAUGGCAAAAGUUGGACUAGCCCAUGGUUUAAAAACGGCAUCACUUAGUCUGAUCCAGCGAAAAAAACUGAAAAGUACCAAUAGUACUACGAAUAAAAAACAAUUGCAAAAAUAA